AUGAAGCACGUUUUCCGGUCCCGCUAUGAGAGAGUCAGCCUUAUUCAGGCAGGUAGUCGACAAGCUGCCAAGCCCGGUACUAUUAAAGGGGAGAAGACUGUUACUAUGAGCCCAGCUGAGUUUUUGGAUUACAAUUGUACAUAUACGGGAGCGAAGAAAUGGGCAAGUAGCCAAGCCGUAUCUGCAAUUUAG